UGGAUUGAAAAUUGAAAACAAUUGAAAUCAUGCCAGCUGGCCAUAUGGUCAGGGCUGCCAGGUAAUAYCUGGCCUCAAAGACCAGAGUAAACAAUUAUAAAACCACAAAACAUUUAAAAGUCAAUUCUUAAUAAUACUACUCACAAAAGGCUCAAAAAAUGACAGUUCACAUGAGAAACUGUCAUUUCAAUCAAGGCUGCAUGAAGAGAGAAUUUGGAUUAAAUCAAUUAGCUAACUGAGUAUAGCCCCUUUGUGAAAUCUUUGUUGAUGGACCAGAAAAUUUUGAAAGAAAAAUUUAUACCAGUAAUGAAAAGUAUUCUCAAAAGUGGAUUUYGUUACUGGGGUAUAAUUGCUAAUAUUUCUUUGAAACCUACUCUAAAGUUAGUGAUUUUGAGUUGCGCUUGUUUAGGUGUUAUGUUUUUUUGUUUUGAAAUAUUCUGACUUAGAAAAACCAUUUCCAAUCAAAAAAAUUUGAUUGUUGAAAAUGGCAUGGUUUGAAACAUCUUAUUUCCAGGUUUAGGCAUCACUUAAAGGACAGUAACAUCCCCUCCCCCCUCCCCUCUCCUUCCAGCCAAAUUUUUUAGGCUUUACAAGGCCCUGAUAAUUCAUCGGAAAAUCAAGAACAUGAAUGCAGAGGGCAUUAGUUACUUCAAAAGAAAUUAUUAGAAUUUUGAAGCGUUAUUCCUACUAUGACCCCAACAACACACAACAAAUCUCUUUGGAAGCCUUUCUUGAAUUACCUGAAGUGUCUGCUAAUCGUAUCAUGAAGAAAAUUGGAAAGAAGUUUGUGGAUCCAGAGACUCAGUGCUUGACUCCUAGUGACUUUGUUAAACUGUUCUCUGCCUUGAGUUCAAGAACACCYUUGAAGGACAAGAAAGAAUUUGCCUUCAAAGUACUUGACACAGAUGAUAAUGGAUACCUGAGCUAUGAYGAGUUGUUUUCCUUCUAUAGAAUGCUGUUUGGACCAGCACUCUCAGAUGACAGACUACUUGACAUCGUCAUGACAACCAUCAAUGACAAUAGUAGCAGCAAGCAAGGCCUGACUUAUGAAGACUUUCUGAAACAAAGGCCAUGAUGACAGGGCUAACAUAUUCACUAUCAGGGCUUUGCAAAAUGCCUUUAGAUGCAGUCCAAAGAUGGAUCCAGCAAUUUAGCAAUAUUUACAAAAGAGGAGGCUAUAAAGCCCUGAAUCCUCCCAGCCUCCAGCCACAAGGGGGAGGAGGAGGGGGGAUCUGUUGAGUACUAUAGGGUGAUGUAGAGAAUUGGAACUUUUUAUGUUUGCUUUAGUAGAGCCUCAAACAACUUUGUAUAGAAACUACUGGUGCAGCAUUUUAAUCAAACAAAACCAAA